CUCUUUGCGUUUCAUUUCCAGCAGCUAUAUAAACUAAUGUCACUUGCCUCAACUUCCAUCAACAGUAUUACAUCUGAGAUCUACAAAAAUGAAGUCUUCUUGCGGUACAAGGUUCACGUUCUUGGCUCUCUAUCUCUUUGCGGUACAAUGUGUCUAUGCGGGUAGCUUCCACAAAGAUGUGAAUAUACAUUGGGGUGAUGGACGUGGAAAGAUACACGACAAUGAAGGCAAACUUCUUUCUCUUUCGCUUGACAAAUCCUCUGGAUCCGGUUUUCAAUCCAACCAAGAGUUUCUAUAUGGCAAAGCUGAGGUUCAGAUGAAGCUUGUCCCUGGUAACUCCGCUGGAACAGUCACAACUUUCUAUCUUAAGUCCCAUGGAACUACGUGGGAUGAGGUUGACUUCGAGUUCUUGGGAAACAUUACUGGUCAUCCGUAUACUCUCCAUACUAAUGUUUACACUAAAGGCUUAGGAGACAAAGAACAACAGUUUCAUUUAUGGUUUGACCCAACCGCUGGCUUUCACACUUACUGCAUCACAUGGAACCCUCAAAGUAUCAUUUUUACAGUUGAUGGCAUUCCCAUUAGAGAGUUCAAGAACUCCGAGUCUAUUGGUAUACAUUUCCCAAAGAGCCAACCAAUGAGAGUCUACGCGAGUCUUUGGGAAGCCGAGCAUUGGGCUACAAGGGGAGGAUUAGAGAAAACAGAUUGGUCAAAAGCUCCCUUCACUGCUUACUACAGAAACUACAACGUCGAAGGAUGUGUUUGGGCUAAUGGUAAAUCAUCUUGCCCCAAGAAAUCCCACUGGUUUACUAAGAAACUGGGUAAGGGGGGUAUGAAUAAAGUGAAAUGGGCGCAAAGAAAGUACAUGGUGUAUAACUAUUGCACCGAUAAGAAAAGGUUUCCUCAAGGUGUUCCUGCUGUGUGCACUUAAAGUACUACUAUUGAUUCUUGAAUAAGU